AUGAAGCUGGAUGAUGCUUUGUGGGCAUACAUGACUGCCUAUAAAACACCUAUAGGCAUGUCCUCGUAUGCGCUGGUGUUGGGGAAGGCCUACCGCUUACCGCUGGAACUGGAGCACAAAGCACUGUGGGCAGUGAAGAAGCUCAAUUUUGAUUUGAAGACUACAAGAGAGGCAAGAAAACUUCAGUUGCUCAAGCUAGAUGAAUGGAGAAUCCAAGCAUAUGAAAACACCAAGAUCUACAAGCGUUGGCCUGACAAACGACUAUGUGAAAAGAAUCUCCAGGUUGGACAGAAGGUGUUGUUAUACAAUUCUCGAGUACGACUUUUUCUCGAAAAAUUAAAGUCACGCUAG